CUACAAUAUUUUAUAUAUAAGUAUCCAGUAUUGUCCUCCUCCAUAUUUACAUAUAAAAAAUGCAUUGUACAUUUAUACACUUUUCGUGUAUAACAACUGAAUCAAAGCUGACGCGUCGCCAUCAUUUUGCGUCAUUUCUUUGAAUCAAACGUGACGUUUUUGUUUGGCUUCUAUGACGAUUAUGAUGACGAAGGCAUAAAGCUCAGUAUCAUGGUAAUACUGGUAAUGCCAAACGGCCACCGCAAAGUGCUGAACAUCGGACAUUUCCGCCUUGGCAGCUGAUCCCGGUGCUAUUCAUACCAGUUGUGCAAACAUGCAGAUCUUUGUGAAGACCCUUACCGGAAAGACCCUCACACUCAAAGUUGACUUCACUGACACCAUUGAGAAUGUCAAGGCCAAAAUCCAAGACAAGGAGGGCAUUCCAACUGAUCAGCAGAGACUGAUCUUUGCUGGCAAGCAACUGGAGGAUGAUUGCACCCUUUCAGACUAUAAUAUCCAGAAGGAGUCCACUCUCCAUCAUGUCCUGCGACUCAGAGGUGGAAUGCAGAUCUUUGUGAAGACGCUCACUGGAAAGACAAUCACACUUGAGGUCGAAGCCAGUGACACUGUUGAGAACGUGAAGACCAAAAUCCAGGACAAGGAAGGCAUCCCCCCUGAUCAACAAAGGCUGAUAUUUGCUGGAAAGCAACUGGAAGAUGGCCGCACAUUAUCUGACUACAACAUCCAGAAGGAGUCCACCCUCCAUCUUGUACUGCGUCUCAGAGGUGGCAUGCAAAUCUUUGUGAAGACCCUCACUGGCAAGACUAUCACCCUUGAAGUUGAAGCCAGUGACACAGUUGAGAAUGUGAAGACCAAAAUCCAAGACAAGGAAGGAAUUCCCCCAGACCAGCAGAGGCUGAUCUUUGCUGGUAAGCAACUUGAAGAUGGCCGCACCUUGUCUGACUACAACAUCCAGAAGGAGUCCACUCUCCAUCUUGUCCUGCGUCUCAGAGGUGGGAUGCAGAUCUUUGUGAAGACACUAACCGGCAAGACCAUCACUCUUGAGGUUGAGGCCAGUGACACAGUUGAGAAUGUGAAGACCAAAAUCCAGGACAAGGAAGGAAUUCCUCCUGAUCAACAAAGGCUGAUCUUUGCUGGUAAGCAACUGGAAGAUGGACGUACCCUGGCUGACUACAACAUCCAGAAGGAAGCGACCCUUCAUCUAGUCCUGCGUCUGAGGGGUGGCAUGCAGAUCUUUGUAAAGACUCUCACUGGAAAGACUAUCACUCUUGAGGUUGAGGCCAGUGACACAGUUGAGAAUGUGAAGACCAAAAUCCAAGACAAGGAAGGAAUUCCUCCAGAUCAGCAGAGGCUGAUCUUUGCUGGUAAGCAACUAGAAGAUGGCCGUACCCUCUCUGACUACAACAUCCAGAAGGAAGCUACUCUCCAUCUAGUCCUGCGUCUCAGGGGCGGGAUGCAAAUCUUUGUGAAAACCCUCACUGGCAAGACCAUCACCCUUGAAGUUGAGGCCAGUGACACUGUUGAGAAUGUGAAGACCAAAAUCCAAGACAAGGAAGGAAUUCCUCCAGAUCAGCAGAGACUGAUCUUUGCUGGUAAGCAACUGGAAGAUGGCCGUACCUUGUCUGACUACAACAUCCAGAAGGAAGCUACCCUUCAUCUAGUCCUACGUCUGAGGGGUGGCAUGCAGAUCUUUGUGAAGACCCUAACUGGCAAGACCAUCACCCUUGAAGUUGAAGCCAAUGACACAGUUGAGAAUGUGAAAACCAAAAUCCAAGACAAGGAAGGAAUUCCUCCGGACCAACAGAGGCUGAUCUUUGCUGGUAAGCAACUUGAAGAUGGUCGCACUCUGGCUGACUACAACAUCCAAAAGGAAGCCACCCUCCAUCUUGUCCUGCGUCUGAGGGGCGGGAUGCAGAUCUUUGUGAAGACCCUAACUGGCAAAACCAUCACCCUUGAAGUUGAAGCCAAUGACACCGUUGAGAAUGUGAAAACCAAAAUCCAAGACAAGGAAGGAAUUCCUCCAGACCAACAGAGGCUGAUCUUUGCCGGUAAGCAACUGGAAGAUGGCCGCACCUUGUCUGACUACAACAUCCAGAAAGAAGCGACCCUCCAUCUUGUCCUUCGUUUGAGGGGCGGGAUGCAGAUCUUUGUGAAGACCCUGAGUGGAAAGACCAUCACUCUUGAGGUUGAGUCUAGUGAUACGGUUGAGAAUGUGAAAACCAAAAUCCAGGACAAAGAAGGAAUUCCCCCUGAUCAGCAGAGGCUGAUCUUUGCUGGUAAGCAACUGGAAGAUGGCCGCACCUUGUCUGACUACAACAUCCAAAAGGAGUCCACUCUCCAUCUAGUGCUGCGUUUGAGGGGCGGGCAGUAGAAUAUGUCAAGAGUCCGUGCUUAAACCUUUCAAGCAAAUGUGUUCUGUAUGACUUGCUUGAUGUGCCUGAAUAAAUGACAAAACCUUCCAAUGUUUAAUUUAAGUUGUGUGUGUCUUUUCGCCUUUGUAACCUUGAUCAUUGAUAAUGUGAAACAUGAACUCUUUUAUUAAAGU